AAGAAAGAUAACCAGAUUGUAAAAACAUAACUAGAUGGUAGACAUGGGUAAAAACUGAUCAAAUCCAAACAAAAAAUGAAGAGGGAAAUUAGGGUUUUAUUCUGGCAAAAAUGAAUUUCAAGCUAAAAUUCAUCAAAACAGUACAGUUCAAACUCAAGAUUCCAGCAUCCAACCACCAAAUGCAGCUAAGAAAAUAAUUGAUCAUCGAAUACCAUUCCUCUUUUAACAACUUCAUACAAGUUUAAGUGGCAGUCAUCAGAACAGCACAAAAACUUAAAAGGCGAAAAACACCCAAGGCCGAAUUUUCUGGAGAAGAGCAGAUCAGGAUCAGGAGGGAGGGAUCCCUCCCACGGCACCUGCUCCGUUCAUCUCCUUCACCAUCCUCUCCGAAAAUCCUUCGGUUCUAGAGAGUUACCUAAAGCAAGGACCAAUUUCUGAACCUUGAAGCCACUGUUCCUCCCCCUGUUGACUGGCCACCAAAUUCGCCCCCAGAGAAAGAAUCCGUUCGUCACCGACCGUUCGAUCCUUCAGUGUUAAUCCCUCCUUACACCACAAACCAGCACCGGUACUCUACCAAAGGAAGAACCGGGGAUGAUGCUGAUCUUUAAAAUUUUGGUGGUCAGAACCCCUUUCCUCUCCAAUGGCUUUUUGGUGGUGAUUAUGAUGAUGAUGACCAGCAAAGAUGGUGGUGAGAUGGUAAAACUUCGGUUUGAAGGGAGGCUGAGAGGAGAGGAAGACUUCGAUCUACAUGAUCAUCUGCAUGUUAAGAGAAUCUCAGAGGCAGAUCGAGAGGAAGCAAUCAACAACACAUGCUUAGUUAGUUACAAACUCUGUGUACAACGUAUGAUCUGAGCUUGCAUCCUUCUCCAGUGGUAUUGCAUCAUCUUGGUGAAACCCAUACUCUAUUUCAAAGAGUAUAGAUUUACAUUAAUUAUUCUCAAGUAAUCGGUGGAAUUUACUAUCUGACAUUGAAGAAGCUAUAUAUCUCAACUAGGUAGAUCUACAUGAGCUACAGCUACUGCAUACUCAGGGAACAUCUCAAAACCAGAUCAAGAGGAAGCAAUCAACAACACAAGCUUAGUUACAAACUCUAUAUUGCAUCAUCUUGGUGAAAUCCAUACUCUGCUCCAAAAAGUAGAGAUUUACAUUUAUUAUUUCCAAGCAAUCAGUGGAAUUUGCUAUCUGAUAUUGAAGAAGCUGUAUAUCUCACUUCUCAACUUGAUUUUCAACCUGAAAAUAAUUUACCACAGAGUUUUAGCACACAAGACAGCAAGAAGGAGCAAACUUCAGAUUUUCAACCCAAAAAUCAUCAAUCACAAAGUUUCCGCAUACAAGCAAGAAGGAACAAACUCCUAGGUAAUUU